UUUUCUGUGUUUAUACGCUUUGUUCCAAACUAACAGAUGUCAUAUGCAACACGGAAGUGAUAGCUUCUACAGGAGAACAGAUGUGCACAAAGCGUAACCUUUCAGUCAAUCAUACAGAAGUUUCUGUGAAAGAAAAAGCUAUUUCACAAGGAAGAGGACUGUUUUUAAAAAUAUAUACGAAAUCUCUAAAGACAACGAAAACACACAAAGUUUAUUAGCAUUUUUAAAAAUCAAAAAAGGCAUUUUUAAGAAGACAUGAAAAAGCUUUUUAUCUUUACCGUGGCACUAUUAUUGGUUGGUUGUACUGUAGCUAAAUCAGUCAAAUCAAGGAAGGCACAUCGUCGCUCUAGCACCCCCUGUCAUAAAUCUUGUGGAUGGCUAGCAAAUGAAAUGGGAGGUGCCUGUAUGUCUGACGGAAGGUGUCUAUGUUGGUACGGUUGGACUGGACCAAACAGUGCUUAUAUUGAUGAGCAAGGCAAGAGGCACAAUCGAAUAGUAGCAGAUUAUUGUACUUCAAAGUGUGAUUAUACAGUAGAAAACCGGAAUCCGAUCUGUCUUCUUCCACCAGAAACAGUUAGUACGACUGUAAACCCGACGACUAAGUCUCCCGAAAUCACGUCAACAACGCCAUCUAACGGAACAACGACGUCAGAAGCAUCUCCUCCCUCGACAACUUCGUCACCAACAACUACACCAGCAUCAACGCUAACAUCAACAACACCAGAGAGCAGUUCGACUGAAGAACCAGUAACCAUGGCAAAAAAAACCACACCAAGCACAAAUGACUCAUCCGAUUCCGAUUAUACAUCUCAAGAUGAACCAACUUCUACCACGGAAGCACCAACUACCCCCGAUAACAGCGUUUUCGCGCCAGGAAAAGAUAAAGAUGAAAAACCAGAAAAGAAACAUCUACACCAUUCUACGCAAUUGCAAGGAGGGAAACGAUUUCUGAAGAAGCACCAUCACAAACAUGGGAAACAUUUUAGAGAUGAAUAAAAAAAACGAUAACAU